GCACCGUCAACACGACCGGCCGGCCGUUCCGCGUGCGGCAUGCGCAUCGGCGCCUCGCGCCUCGCCUCCAGCAGCUCCGGCGGCGGCCUGCAGUAUCCGGGUGUCCACUUAAUCAGAAACCUUCAAAACCGGUUACAUACCAAAUGGCGCAUGCAUGGUCUCAGGGCUGCGAGGAUCCACGGCGAGUAAGGCAUUCGCCCGCCUAGAGAGGGAGGGAAGGCGCGCGCGCGCAUGGCGCACGAACGGAGCAUGCUGCGGUAUGGAUUGGCAAAAGGCGGCAAAAGGCAGCAACCACGCAUUCAGUCUCAUUGCACCGUCCACGGCAUCAAAUACGAACGCACCCAGCGAAAGCUUCCGGGCGCGAUCCCCGCCGCCGCAAUCGAUGAAUUCGUCCCCGUCUUCCUCUGCGUCUGUGUCUUGCGCGUGCGCCCAGGAGGCUUCGCAGCUACGUGCCGUUACGCAAGAGCACCGUCGCGCACGCGCGCCCAUCAGGCUUCGCUCGCGGGCGGACAAACGGACGUACAAAGAGAGGCGGACGCAGCCGUCACCUGUGCGCCCUCGAGCGCGUCCCGCUCGCACGCCCGCACGAGGCGUUCCUGGGAGCCCCGCAUCCGUAUGGUGCGCACCCCGCGGCUCGUCCUCGCCCCUCCGGGCCCGGGGCUCUGAGCCUGGGGCGUCCCAGCUUCCUCCUGGGACGCUGAUGGGUGGGUGCAAUGUAUCGCCCGCUAGCCGAGGCCAGCAACCCACGAAUGGACGCGUCCCAAUCCAGACGCGCUCGCUCGCACGCGCUCCGUGUCCAGCACUGGAAUCCGCCCAGGAUCACGGUGCAGGCACCACUCCAUCAUCAGCGCGAACUCUCCCUUCCUCUGUGCAUUCUCGAUGCGUAUUUAUUGCGGCGCUCGCAUCGACCAGCGGGGCUGAUGCGAUGCAGUGGUUGGGUGUGACUACUAGUGCGUACAGUACCUUACGUUAUCUUACGUUACAUACAUACAUCGUGCGAGCGAACAGACGAGUAGGCGUUACGAGUCGACAAUGAUUACAAAGAACACAGGCGGAUAGAGGAGACGAGGCAGAUAAACACGCUGUCCAUAGCCGGAGCCCAACAGAGACACGAGACUGGAAAUAUGCGAUGGGUAGUAGACGUAGAGAGCACAGAUGCAGAUGCAGAGCAGCGGCAGCGCGCGAUACCAAGAAAACAGGGCCGACGGGGCAGAGGGGCAUUUUGCGUUAAAUACAAUACGGAUACGGAUACGUACGGAAGGUUGGAUACACGUUCGUGGGGGACAACGACGCACUCGAGAGUGGCGUUGUGCAAUGCAAUGCGCGUCCGUGCGACGGCAGGAGAGUGGGAACGAACGAC